ACUCACACACUUUAUGUAAUGAGGAUUCAGUGCAGGGCUUUUCUGCAGAAUACUAUUUGGUUCUACUAAGAGUUACCUAUUCAAAUGUUGGAGCUUUUGGUUGAAAAGUUCUUCUUAGCCUUUUUGCAGAUAGCUUACAAAUGAUUAGAAAAAUUAAUUCUUCCUGAGACUCAUCAGCUCCCUUCCUGUAAAAUCGACAUCUUGCUGUCAAUUUGUGAAGAAGAACCAGACCCCUUGGAAACCGCCUUACGCAGAUCUGUGAGUCUGAAAGAAGCAGGUGCUAUACCUCAGUUUCCCCCGAAGAAGAAGCAUGGGCUGUGACAGAAACUGUGGUCUCAUCACAGGCGCCGUCAUUGGUGCGGUCCUGGCUGUCUUGGGAGGUAUUCUAAUGCCAGUUGGGGACAUGAUUAUUCAGAAGACAAUUAAAAAGGAAGUUGUCCUUGAAGAAGGUACAAUUGCUUUUAAAAAUUGGGUUAAAACGGGAACAGAAGUCUACAGACAGUUUUGGAUCUUUGAUGUGCAAAAUCCACAGGAAGUGGCAGUCAACAGCAGCAAAAUUAAGCUUAUGCAAAGAGGUCCAUACACGUACAGAGUUCGUUAUCUAGCCAAGGAAAACAUAACCCACGACUCUGAGAACCACACCGUCUCCUUCGUACAGCCCCAUGGUGCUAUCUUUGAACCUUCACUCUCCGUUGGAACAGAGAAUGACACGUUCACUGUUCUCAAUCUGGCUGUAGCGGCGGCAGCUCAUCUCUAUGAAAAUCCAUUUGUUCAAGUAGUGCUCAAUUCACUUAUCAAAAAGUCAAAAUCUUCCAUGUUUCAAACCAGAACUUUGAAAGAACUCUUGUGGGGCUACAAGGACCCGUUCUUGAGUUUGGUUCCGUACCCUGUGCCUACCACAGUUGGUGUGUUUUAUCCUUACAACAACACUGUAGAUGGAGUUUAUCAAGUUUUCACUGGAAAAGACAACAUAAGCAAGGUUGCUAUAAUAAACACUUAUAAAGGUAAAAAGAACCUCUCCUAUUGGUCAGGCUAUUGUGACAUGGUUAACGGUACAGACGCAGCCUCGUUUCCACCUUUUGUUGAGAAGACCCGGGUAUUGCAAUUCUUUUCCUCUGACAUUUGCAGGUCGGUCUACGCCGUGUUUGGAGCUGACGUUAAUCUGAAAGGGAUUCCCGUGUAUAGAUUCGUUCUUCCAUCCAAGGCCUUUGCGUCUCCACUUCAGAAUCCGGAUAACCACUGCUUCUGCACGGAGAAAAUCGUCUCAAAAAACUGUACGUUGUACGGCGUGCUGAACAUCGCUAAAUGCAAAGACGGAAGACCCGUCUACAUUUCACUUCCUCAUUUUCUGCAUGCAAGUCCUGAAAUUCUAGAAUCUUUUGAAGGCUUAAAUCCAAAUGAAGAAGAACAUAGCACGUACUUAGAUGUUGAACCCAUAACUGGAUUCACUUUACAAUUUGCAAAACGGCUGCAGGUCAACAUAUUGGUCAAGCCAUCAAGAAAAAUUGAGGCAUUAAAGAGUUUGAAGAGGAACUAUAUUGUACCUAUUCUUUGGCUUAAUGAGACUGGCACCAUUGGCGAUGAGAAGGCAAAAAUGUUCAGAAAACAAGUGACUGGAAAAAUAAGCCUCCUUGGUCUGGUAGAAAUGGUCUUACUCAGUGUUGGUGUGGUGAUGUUUGUUGCUUUUAUGAUUUCAUACUGUGCGUGCAGAGCAAAGAAAGUAAAAUAAGCGACAAGGAGUCUUUACAUUUAUGCACCAGCUAUGUCAGGACCUUUGUGAAUAUUAACCUACAAAAUGAAGAUUUAAUAUGCCUUAUUUUUGCGAAACACACCUUAUGUUAUAGUUGAAGAAACGGUGGCAUUUUUUUUUUUUGCACUAAGCAGCAGCCCAUUUCUGAAGGAUUACGAAGAUGUCAUUAUAAUCCAUACUUUGAACAAAAAAAGCACUUUUAAAAUUCAUCAUGUGUCCAAUCCAAUUGAUUUCGUUUUCUACGGACCUGGCUUGAGCAUGACCCAAUUAUUUUUAUUUGGUACUGAUUCACUCAUUGAUUCCCUGGUGGCAAAUUCAGCAGAGGAGUGGCUGUUCCAAACAAAUCCUCGACACUGAGCUUGUCUUCCCCAUCAUGGGAAGACCCCAUCACCCUGAGCAGUGUCCCGGUUCAGUGGCAACAGACAGACCCCAGGACUGUCAGUACAUUGCAUUCCAUGAGCAUCAACUAUUUUGAAAGACAUUUAAAAAUGGAAAGUAAAUGAUUGGCCUGUGAGCCCUCGCUCAUACGUUACUUACGUUUCCUUCUCUAUGGAAUUCUUUGUACAGCAACAGCAGGCCUGAUAACCAUGUUCUUUACAACAAUAUGGGCUUCUAUUUUUGUCACUGACUAGCAAAUGGACAUCACUUUGAGCUCUUUAUGUUUAAGGACUUUGUCGUUUUCCAUGUUCUGCUGCUCUUCUGGAAAUCUGAGUAGAUUUUGAUCUUUCUGCUCAGAUACGUACAACUUAUGCUUGGCAACUUCAGAAUGCUCUGCUAGCAUUAACAGAUGUACAUGAUAAUAAUGUAGGAAGAUUACAAAGAGGAAAAUGUGCAUUAAUAGUUAUUUGUUGUAAUAUUUCUUGCUUUCAUGGUCAUCUCAGAAAGACUGGUUUCAACGAUUAAAAGAUGUUCUUCCUUAAAUUCC